AUGAGACAAACCUCAGACUCCACUAUUUCUCAGGCGGCCCGCAAAGGUGUCUCUGGGGGCAAUAACAAUGUCGGAGAAUCCUCUGCAACUGAUUAUUCGACUGCGAAUUCUUUGCAAAGACGACAGCAGAGAGAUGGAGCCAAGCUAGCGGAGCCAGAGUCACGUUUAGAGAGCGGCUCCUCCAACAGUAUUUUGCUGACCUACAGGGAGAUUUCCCAACAUCACGCGUGGUUUUUCCCAUGCCUCAUCAUUCUAGCUCAUUUUGCCGUGUUCUUCAUGACCGACGAGAAAUCAGAUGUGCACCAAAUGUUAGCCAAGAUGAUGACUGUGUCGUAUCACAUCGAGGGCACUGACCAGUACGGUAAAGGCGAGUACGACUUUUACUUUGUUGGCUUCUACUCCCUCUGUUUCACUUUUCUCAGAGAGUUUAUGAUGGUUUGUAUCUUUCGCCCUGCUGCACUCUAUUUUGGCAUCCGCAAAGAAACCAAGAUCAAGCGCUUUAUGGAGCAGACAUACUCCAUGUUUUACUACGGCAUGCUGGGCCCUUUUGGCUUGUGGGUAAUGUCACGUACCCCGCUCUGGUUGUUUGAAACCACACCUUUCUACUUGGAGUACCCACAUACCACCCAUGACAUCUACUUUAAAGUAUACUACCUUGGCCAGGCGGCAUUCUGGGUGCAGCAGUCGGUUGUGCUCCUGUUGCAGCUCGAGAAACCCAGAAAAGAUUUCCACGAGCUUAUCGCGCACCACAUAGUGACUAUAGCUUUGAUUUGGAACUCUUACGCAUUUCACUUCACCUGGAUGGGUUUGGCUGUGUACGUGACGAUGGACGUGUCUGACUUUUUCCUUUCUUUCUCAAAAACUUUGAAUUACUUGGGCUCCCCGCUUGCAGGCCCGUUCUUUGUAAUUUUUGUGGGGGUGUGGAUCUACUUGAGACACUGGAUCAAUUUGAAGAUUAUUUGGUCUGUGAUGACCGAGUUCCUUACGGUGGGCGAGUGCACGUUGAACAACGCUACGCAGCUGUACAAGUUUUGGUUUUCGCAACCAAUCGUUUUGGGCUUGUUGGUUGCCUUGCAGCUUCUUAACUUGUACUGGCUCUUCUUGAUUUGCCGCAUUCUCUACAGAUAUGCGGUGGGAGGAGUUGCCGCUGACGAGAGAUCCGACGAAGAGAGCGAUGGUGAGACCACAGUCGACGCUAAGAAAGAGGAGUAA